AAUCUCGAAGUGUCAGUGUUUUAGGAGCGGUGUUGUUAUGGCGGAAUCCGGUCCCAAACAGCAAAUUCCGACGACGCAAGAUAACGAGAAGAAACUCAAGUAUUUGGAUUUCGUGCUAGUAGCGGUGAUCUAUGGGAUUGUGUGCAUCAUAAGUCUUUAUGAAUUCGCGAAGGAAAACUCCGGGCCACUGAAAUCCGGCGUGCAAGCGGUGGAAGACACUGUGAAAACCGUCAUCGGCCCCGUUUACGAGAAGUUUCACGAUGUUCCUUUCGAACUUCUCAGGUUCGUCGAUCGCAAGGUGGACGAUUCCCUGAGGGAGGUGGACCGUCACGUGCCGUGUCUCGUAAAGCAGGCUUCAUUCCAGGCUCGAGCUGUGGUUUCUGAGGUCCAGCGCGACGGCUUAGUGGAUGCUGCGAACAAAAUCUCGAAGAAUGUCUACACCCAGUACGAGCCGGUGGCGGAGCAGUACGCUGUGUCGGCUUGGCUGUCACUGAACCGGCUACCACUUUUCCCACAAGUGGCCCAGAUUGCUUUGCCGACGGCUGCCUACUGGUCGGAGAAGUACAAUCUGGCGGUGUCUUACACGGGGGAGAGAGGGUAUCCAUUGGCAUCUUACUUGCCACUGAUCCCUAUUGAGAGAAUUGCCAAGGUGUUUCAGGACGGUGAGAAUGAACCCUCCAUUGUAACCAAUGGAGGAGCUGUUAUGGCAGAAUGAGAACAGAGAACUGAAGAAGUUUUUGGUGUGGGGUGGUGUGGUAUGGGAUGAUGUAGGUGUGUUACAGUCAAGACCGCCGAAAGUUGCUUCCUUUGUGAAGCCCAAAUCAUGUUUUCAGCAUUAUUUCCUUUAAAAGUUGUACUAGAUCUUCGGCCGCUCCAUAUUGUUAAUUGGAAAGAAAGUUCAUAAUUAAAGAACUUCAGUUCA